CCCACAAUACCCGGACCUCCAGUAUCCCACAACCCCACGGUGUGACCGAGCAGGCGGGCGGGCGGCGAUGGCGGAGCCUGACGACUGGGACACCGUGGACUUCGGAACGCCGGAGGAGUCGGAGACGAAGCCGGUGAUCUUGGACAAAUGGGAAGGCGAGGAUGAGGAGGAGGACGUGAAGGACAAUUGGGAUGAUGAGGACGAAAAGAAGUCAGUUAAGACAGAAGGCAAGGUUUCAGAAAAGAAGAAAUUAAGUGACAGGAUUAAAGAGAAAGAGGAAAAAGAGAAGCAACUGAAGAAGAAAAUCGCAGCUCUAAAAAAUUCGUUAAAAGCGCAGGAACCUGCAGAUCUCUCGACAGAGGAACAACUAGCAGAGAAACUUCGACUAGCGAAGCUACAGGAGCAGGCAGACUUGGAAGUUGCGAAGGACACAUUUGGCAUGAACAAUGUAAUGCAGUUUGGAAUUGAUUCCAUGUGCCCAUCUACUAGAGAAGACUUUACAGAAUUUGGGAAACUUUUGAAGGAAAAGAUUACACAGUUUGAAAAAUCUAUAUAUUAUGUGGACUUCUUGGAAACCUUACUCCGAGACAUUAGCAUUUCAUUGGAAGUUGACGACUUGAAAAAGCUGAACAACUCUUUGACGUCACUGUCUUCUGAAAAACUUAAACAAGAAAAGCAAAGCAAACCCAAGAAGAAGAAAAAGGCCCCUGUCCUCGCGGGUGGAUUUAAGGCAAACCUGAAAGAUGAUCUUGAUGACUAUGAUUACACGCAGGAGUACGAUGACUUCAUGUGAUCCUGUCCUCGUGACCCAGGCUUCUUCCAGCAUGUUUUUUGUAGACAACCUCCUGUUGCUGGUUUGUCCUUGAGCUGCACAGAACCCUUGCGUUGUUAUGGAACUAGCCAGGACACUGGAUGCCCCAUAAUAACAUCAACAGGUUUUACUACUGGUACCAUAAUUACGCAUCGUUACUGUCAGUGACAACACUCACAUAGCACUGUGGAGAAAGUACCUGCAUGGAUUUGGGGUGGGUGGGGAAGAGAGCUAUAUAUUUGGAAAAAAAUAUGGAGCCUUGCAGUGUCAAUGCCUCAGCAUCUAUAUUGUGACCUGAACUGACCUAAUAUCACGUUUAUUGUGAUACUGUAGAAUUGCAGAGUCAGAUUACUAUUUUUAAAAGUUCUUAAAUUUUGCCAGUGUUUUCUCUCUCAGAAACUAAAACAGUCCACUAGAGAACCUGAUUUUCUGACAUUGUGUCUUUUAGUUUCCGAGUCAGUCUGCCUUAAGAGAAUGCUUACUCUGAAUUGGGCUAAUAGGCAAGAGCCAUGUGGUCUCCUUAUGGUGUUGCUUUUUUUGCCCCGCCCCCUUGGGAAACUGAAGACUAAAGAAAAUAAAAUUUCCAUUUACUCUCUUUGCUCUUCCACCAUCGCUUUAAAAUAAUGAUCUUUUCAUCAAAUUACUGUUUUGUGGGAGCUUGCCGGUUACAGAUUAACUGCUGCAUUUCUUGCAUUAAAACAGUGACUACAAAGAGUACUUAAUUGGCUGUGAAGCACCUUGUUCCAUCCUGAGUUUGUGAGAGGUGCUAUAUAAAACCCAUGCUCUUAUUUCAGGGGUAAAAUAUUGUGUGGCUAGGGUUUUGGGGAGAGUUAAUCCAUUGGCCUAGGUGUUCUCACUUAAUGUAUGACUGGUGUGUACAAAAUCUAGUUGCAACAACGCCCACUUUGCUGGCAUAGCUUGCUGGCGAGGAAUGACUGACUGGUUGACAAACUGGACUGAUGCCACUUUUUUAAAUGGGAUUAUACUUUGAAGUCUGGCUUUAGGCAAGUCAGGGAAACUUACUCAGCCUUGAAUGUUUCAAUGCUGCCUAUUUAAUUGGUCCUAUCAGAGACCUGGCAUUUGGCUUUAAGCAUUUUUGUUGAAAGCAUGAGAUAGCAGAAAGUAGACCCUUGUGAAAGGGUUUUGAAUCAAAGAUGCUAACAAUAGGGGAAAUUACUCUUCAUGCCAGCGACUUGCACUAAUGGAACUGAAUGCAGAAACUUCAAUGAAAAUGCUGCAGUGUGAAAUGUGGCCUUUAUUUUUACAUAUUCCGCUAGAGUUGUGGGAUAAACUCUCUUGCACGGUGUUGAAGGCAUGUGCUGCUUACUAGCUGUAACUCUGGCUGGUCUUUUGUAAUGGGUUGGAAGUGUGUAUAAAGUGACAUCAGUGCAGUAAAUGUUCAGUUUAUUCAUUUUAACUGCACUUUACAAAUAUUCUACAAUGAUCAUGAGGUGCUUUUGCAACCCAGUAUAAUUUCUUAGUAAUGGGAAAUUAUGCAUUAUUUUCAAAGUCCCUUGGUAUUAUUUUAAUUAGCAAUAGUUGCAUUUUGCAGUCGUGAACACAAACAGCUAACAGUAGCUCUUGUAUUGACCUCUCUACCUGUCCCAAAUUUAUUAUACGAAACAUAACUUCCCACUAUCCAUUGAACAGUACAACAGAUGAGUAAUUUAUUUUUACAUUAAUCUUAUCUGUUGUUGAUUAGUCAGGAAGGCUUUACUACAUGUAAACAUAAUUGGACACUUGCUAUGUUUCAGGAAAAUAAAUGAAUAUAAUAUCA